AUGGUUCCAUUGCUGGUAUGUUCUCUGCUACAGUUUUCUAGAAGCACAUUAUUUUUUGGUAUGUCGUUCUUUAUAUGGAUGUACCUUGUAUUCCUUACGUGUUUCCUUUUUUGUAAAAUAGACAGGAAAUGUUGCCAGGAACCUGGCUGCGAUGAGAUUGUCAGUGGAAGGGUAAUGUACUGCAGUAGUCACACUAGAGGGCAUUCAUCCCAACAGCUUGGUUACCUCCAGAGUUCACAGAAAACCUCAGAUUUAUACAUGCCCCCUGUUAAAGGCAGACAGUGUACUGAACCCAGUGCCAGUGCAGAGCAAGACAUAAAUAUCAAGUAUGAGGGGAAUGAUCAAGGCAAACUCAAUGAUAGAUCUGGGAAUACUCAGGGAAACACUGGGCAACUAAUCUUGGGUGGCCCUGACACGCUUUGCAAGCACGACAACUGCAAAAAGCAGGCCCAGAGUAACGCAUUGUACUGCAAGCUACAUAGUGGUGGUAGUAAGGGUUGCCUGGUACGGGACUGUGUGAAAGCUGCACAUGGCGGCACGCCUCUAUGCAUCGGCCACGGAGGAGGGAAGCGUUGCGUUGUUGCUGGAUGUCCAAACGCUGCAUGUGGCCAGGGCCGCAGUGAGCACUGUGUGAGGCAUGGUGGUGGCAAGAGAUGCAAGUUUGAAGGGUGCGUGAAGGGUGCGCAAGGGAACACAGACUUCUGCAUCAGGCAUGGUGGGGGAAGGCGGUGCAAGUCCGAAGGAUGCACAAAGAGCGCACAAGGACGCACGGAUUUCUGCAUCAAGCAUGGCGGCGGCACCCGGUGCCAGUUCCAAGGAUGCAACUCCAGCGCAAAAUGGGGGACAGACCACUGCUCCGUGCAUCGGAAGAGUUUGCUGGGCGAGACGCCUGAAGCCUUGCCGCUUCCUUCUGCCAAGCGUCGCGGGGCCAAGAAACCCAAAAAGGAAGUAAAGCCGCCGCCUCUGGCCUCCCAGCUGACUGUCACCACUGCUGGGAGCAGCGCACCACAAGCAAAGGGUAUUCUUCACAUGCCUUCAAACCGUGAACUGUCGCACAAGAUCGUGAUGGCGGCCGGGCAAGCCGCCAUGGCUCCUGCCCAGGUGUUACCGCUGUCCAUGAAACCUCCAGCACCGUCGCCGUCGGGGGCGGAGAAGGAAGCGGCGGCGACGAGCAGCACGACGCUGAAUCUUUAG